AUGCUGGCCACACUGGAGGCUGGCGGUCACGUGGAUCAGCUGUUGGUUCUGGGCGAGCUGUCUAACUUCCUGAGCUACGCCAAUGAGGAGUCCCUGCUUGGGUUUCCCGCGUGGAGCUACCUGAAGGUCCUGAUGCACAUGAUCCAGCACCCUCGGGUGAAAUACGCUUCGGUGAAGAAACGGAGGAACGAGAAAUGCGGCAACGGGAUGUCCUGCAUAGACCCGGAGUUGCCUUUCUACAAGAUGCUGUCGUCCAUCUACAAGAAUCGGCCUCAGCGGCAGGAAGUGCAACAGCCCGUUGGCGGCGGUCAGGUGGCUGGCGGCGACGACCAGGCAGAGUUAAGUCCAAUAACCUGCCCGGGCCUACCCGCCCACGUGGACCCCCGUCCGCAUGAAUUGGACCCGAAACCGACCAUGCGCGAGCCUGAUGUGGAUUUGAUCUCUGAGGACAUGGCCGCCAACAAGGCCAUCACUGCCGCCUCCUGCGUGAACACCAUUCUGGACAUCCUGCCUCACGGGGCCAGCUUCUUCAUGUCAAACAGCUCGCAGUUGGAGAUUCUGCAGCGCAAAUUGGAGGAUAUAGAGUACAUAGAUUUGGCUGAGCGGAUCCUCCUGAUUUACGAGAAGCUGGUAAAGGAGAUCCCAGUGACCGUGGUGAAGAGCGGGUCCCUCAUUUCGAUGUUUAAGUAUGUCGACUUCUUUCCUCUGGACGUGCAGAUCGGUACCCUCACGGCGAUCAUGAUGGCGGUGAAGCGUAUUGAGCGCGGUGAGAGCGUGCGCAACUUUCUGAUCCCGCUGUUCCCCUUCGUGUCACAGGCCAUGCGUAACGGCAACAAGAAGAUCGUGCAACUGGCGUGCGGCAUAUGGAAGAGCAUCAUUAGCACGGCUGUCCGUGCUUCGUACAAGAAUGAGUCGCACUCCUCGGAGGUGAUAGGCAGCAUGGUGCGUUCCGUGGUUGCGUGUGACGCCGUGCGGGAUAUGUGCACUCUAGUGUUCAGGGCCCCAGGCAAGUUGAGCCGUGAGAACGUGGACCAGUGCCUCUACUGCCUCGCGAUUGUAUCUAACGAGUCCAACGAGGUGCUGUCCCAGAUAAUCUUGAUGGAUGUGCUGCCCAGUGUGCGCCGCUGGCUCGAUCACAGCAACGAGAGCAUGUUGCUGCGGCUGGUGGACCUCGGUCUGGGGAUGUUAGGCAGCUAUCACACCAUAGAGCCACUGAUCACGGACUGCAACCAGCUCUACCAGCGCGCUGAUUACUACAGCGGCUGCACGGUGCAUCUCCAGCUCAUUGCCGAAACGUACCCGAUCCAAACUCUGGUUGACAUCUACGACAACACGGUGUCGCAGCAGCUGCGCAACCGGGUGCUGCUUCUGGUUUUGCGUCUGUUGGAGAUGGCGGGCGAGGUGCCUAUUUGCGUCGAUUACAUCAUCACCGAUCUGCCGGUGAUUAAACUGGUCGACGCGGUAUGCUACACGCUGCGGUAUCAGAGCCAAGACGAGCACAGCGAAGUAGCGGUCCACAUCAUUACGUGCUUGCUGCGCCUCCUGGAGCACACAAGCAUAGGCGACACCAUGCGUCGUUACGGCGUCUCUUCGUUGCUGACAGCGCUUAACAAACCCAAGUUACAACAUGAGUUGAAGUAUAUUCUGGACUCGUUACCGCCACCUCCGAAGCCUAUAGUAGCCAAAUCUGGCUUCGAACUGAUAACGGAGAUUAAGGGUAACAAUGCUGCGCUGACUCUUCACGAACUCUCUCAGUACGGCAUGCUGAACAUGGAUUACGCAAAGUUACUGUCACCCAACUCGCUCUCCUCUUUGCUGGGCACAGUCAUCCGGGAUAGUGGCAAAUUCGUUUCUCCGUUGGUUGACACGGAGGGCAUUCAGGCGCUUUGGCACGCCUUUGGCAGCGUCCUGGAGUCGCAGCCGGAGUUCAAGCCGCAGGUCGUCAAGGCGGAUGGCAGUGAUGAUGAGGGUACCAGUGCAAGCGCCUCUCCCGCACGGUCUGGUGCGCUUAGCGAUGCCAUGCAGGUGGAUCCUCCUGAUAACGGCAGUUCAACGAGCUCCAGCGAGGCUUUUGCAAUGUUCGAUACCUGCACCCUGAGUUCCAGCUCCGUGCAUACCGCCAACUCCGCGUGUGACGAUGGGAUAAACCCAUCCCGCUCUACUACUAGGGCAAGAGGCCACCACUCAGGCGCCUCAAGCUCUUCAAAACCCCGGACAUCUUCAGGAAAACAACUCUUGAUCUCAGCUGCACCGGGUUCGCAGAUGACCCUGGUAAGCGAACUCCCUGACUUUUCUCGGAGGCCUGAAGAGCAAUCGUCCUCUACCGUAGGAAUAGACUUACAGUCGGUUGGAAACGGCCAUCCAGAAGUGGAUAUGGCUAUGGACAUAGUGGAAGAUGAACACACCCAAUCCGGCUACAUCAAUGAUGGGCCGCAGCAGGUGCCAUAUGCGGCAUCAUCGCUUAACGUGGCAGCCGACGCUUCAUUUGAAACUGGAAGCGACGGGAUCAUUGCGCCCAUGCAAGAUAGCCAAUCCGUUUCGGCGACUCUGUCCCCCACCGUUUCUCUAAGGAUAGGGCCCUCCGAAACGCCGUUGGACACAACACUUGAGGAUUCUAUCGACGCUCAUACUCAAGGCAUCGGUGAAGGGGUGCUUGCGAUGUUGCGUGAAGAAGUAAUGCGUGCGGAAGAGUCGCGUAGCUCACUUGACCUGCUGUGCAACCCGUGUGAUGACCGCCUGGUGACAAGUGCCAGAACCAGGGCAAACACUACUACAAGCUCCAAGGCACGUUCCCGUCGGUCUGAGAGUAGGCCCAGAAAGCACUUGGACGAUCGCGCAAGAAGGCAGGCGGAGCAGAACAGGAAGCAGCUAGACGAGCAGACUCAGCUUCGCAAUCGUUUGCGGGGCGCACUGGGUUUCAUCACCCAAUAUGCGCGGAGCGCAGUAUUGCCCUUUCCCCUAAAUAACGUGAGCCGCGACGUGAAGCUCAAGAUGAAGUGCAUUGAUAUCGACGAGGAGAAUGUGAAUCCACCCACCUUGUCCAUAUUAACAUCGCCUCUGGUGUCGGUUUCCAAAAUUGAGAAGUUUGUGCUGACGCAGCUGAACAGCCGUGUUCAAGAGCCACCCCAGGAUGCUUCAACCACCCCCAAGAAGAAAGCCAAGAUGGCGCUGAACGGUCAAGGCGAGUUGGACGGCAACUAUGUAAGUGUCCAGUUGUAUUACAAGGGCCACGCUCUGGGCCCCACUUUGUCACUGUACCACGCGCUUAUCAUGCUGCGUGACGGCAGUGAAAGUGGCAACAUCUGGGAGGAGACCAACGUCCUGACAUACACCACCAUAAAGCGAAGUGGUGGGCCCUCGUGGAGCCGGCUACUUUCCGGACGCCAUACCCCCCUGAUGGCGGCACUGUGCGAAGAUCGCCACAGUCCAUUUGGACUGUUUUUGGGGAUAUCCAGCUACGUCAACGGCUGGGGAAAGACGGUCGUAUCGAAGAUGUUGAAGGUGCUGAAGGAACGUUUGCCCACAAUCGAUGGCAACGAAGAUGCAGCCGAAGUGCGCGAAAUGCUGGCUGAUGUGAUGCAGGUGCAGUCGCCUCCCAGCGCAGAAUCACCGUUCGCAUCGUUUGAGGAUACUCAUCAAAUAAUCAGGGGAAGGGUCAUUGCUACAGAUGACCCGGAGGACAGUUCAUCGCAGAUUAGCGAUGCUGGUGGCGACUCCGAGAUGGAAUAUUUUGUCCAGUGCGUCAUAGACGCUUUGGAGCGCAUGGACAACAUCAUAAACGGAAAAGUCAGUGACGACGUUCUGGUCACUACUCGGUUGACGACUGGAGGCCAAUCUGAUCUCACUGAAGACUCCCGUCACCAUCUGCAGAUGAUGGUGGUGAUCUACACGUUGCUGACUGAGUUGAGUAUUUUCACGGGUGGCACUGAGAUACGUGUACCAUUCUCCAAGAGGUUAACGUUGAGGCUACUGAAUAUGUUGGGCAAUGUUGGAGAGUCGCUAUGCUACCAAACUCCCGCAUGGUUCAUCGAGCUGGUGCUCAUCUGCCCGCGUAUGUUCUCGUUCGAAUCACGCCGCGUGCUGUUCGACGUGAUUGCCGCCGGUCCUCUCAGGUUAUUGUCACAGUUCCAGAACCGCCUGUGCGCAAUAGUCGAUUCGGGCAAUGCGGGCAGCAAAUAUUACGAGGGGCAUACUAUGGAUACCCUGGAUGAGAUCCUCCGUCAGCGGGUAGCUACGCUAAAGUCCAUAAAAGCAUCGUCACUUCACGAUAUCGAAGCCACACUGCAGUUGCCGAAGCUGAAGGCUUCGUGCUCCAGGUCCGACAUUGUGCGAGACGCUGCUAUCGUGAUGGACCAGAUGGCGCGCACGGUGUCGGAGCUCGACACAGUGCCGCGUAUUGAGGUUGAGUUCCACGACGAGGUCGGUGUGGGCUCGGGCCCAACGCAGGAAUUCUAUACAUUGGUCAUCGAAUCCAUUGUGAAGGGUGACGCUCUGGGCUGCUGCCCCGUGGAAGAGCUGAACGGAUUUGUGUAUCCCACGGUUCACUAUCCCACCGGCGAUUGGAUUGACGAUUUUGACUUAUCUGUGUUUAAACGAGCAUCGAAGCUCACAGUGGCUAUGGAUUCGACGGAUGACCGCGCCAUGUUUGAGGACCCCAUGGCGAACGAUACCUACACAACCAGGGUUUUCCGUGUAUUCAAGCUGCUUGGUCAGAUGUGCGCAUCCGCCCUGCUGGAUCACAAGAUGUUGGAGCUUCGCAUGCACCCCUUGUUCUGGAAGCUCUGCCAGGACCCUUACGCUGCGAAGAAUUGCUCUCUGUAUGCGUUGAACGCCGUUGACCCCGUGUUGGCCCGUUCGUUGAAAAACCUGCUCUCGUGCGACGAUGUGGCUGCUGCCGAUCUGUACUUCACGUUCGAGGGCGUUCCUCUGGUUGAAGGCGGCGAGACGUUGCUUGUGACCAAUGACAAUGUGGUGGAUUACGUCCGCGGGGUCAUUCGAAUGCGCCUAUACGACGGAAUUCGGCUGCCAGUGUGGUCGUUCCGGAUGGGUUUCGCCACGGUGGCGCCGCUGGAGUCGCUGUCGCUGUUCACCCCCAUGGAGUUGUCUAUGGAGCUGUUCAGCACCAGCAAGCAGGACGUCUUCUGGACGCCUGAGCAUCUGCAGAUGCAUAUUGUCCCCGACCACGGCUACGACGUUUCGUCGCAUGCUUACCAGUUGCUGAUCAUGGUGCUGUCGGAGUUUACGGAAGUGGAGCGCCGCCAGUUCCUGCGCUUCUGCACGGGCUCGCCCGUGCUCCCCAAGCAAGGUUUCGCCGGAUUAAAGCCCGUCAUGCGAGUGGUAAAGAAGGGCGAUAACGUCGACGAGCUUCCUAGCGUCAUGACGUGCUCCAACUAUCUCAAGCUUCCCAACUACGAGAAUGUCGCGCAGUUGCGGACGAAGCUGCUCCAGGCCAUUGGUGAGGGGCAGGGUUCAUUCCACCUUUCUUGA